AGCUGACCUCCCCUCCUCCUCCUCCUACUGCAUCUCCACGCCAAUUAAACCCUACUGCUACCGCUACCAGCACUCCUCUCGCCCCGUCCCUUGCGUUAUCUGCGCUCCCUCUUCCCUCGCGCAGCACGCGUACAAAACGAAACAAAAAAAGCGCCGAGUAACGCAGGCAGAUAGAAUCGUUUGUUGCGUCCACCGCUCUCCCCCGCGCGUUGUGCGGCGGCCAUGGAGGCGACGGCGACGGCGCCCGACUGCGACGCGCACGGCUACUACGGCCGCGACAACAAGAAGGGCCCCGACCUCUUCGUCGUCGACGACCUCCUCGCGCUGCCGUGCGACGACGACGAGGAGGACGAGGAGGCGCCGCCCUUCCUGCCCGCCGCCACCGCCGUCGUCAAGCAGGAGGCCGCAGGGUUCGGGAACGCGUCGGCCGACUCGUCUACCGUCACGGCCCUCGACAGCUGCAGCAACUCCUUCUCCGGCCUCGCCGACGGCGACUUCUCCGGCGGCCUCUGCGAGCCGUACGAUCAACUGGCGGAGCUGGAAUGGCUGUCCAACUACAUGGGCGAGGGCGAGGAGAGCUUCGCCACCGAGGACCUGCACAAGCUGCAGCUCAUCUCCGGCAUCCCGUCCGGCGGCUUUCCCACGGCGAACGGGCCACCUGCUCCAGCGACCACCGCUGCUGCCAGUGCCAGUGCCAGUGCAACGGCGCAGCCUGGCGUGUUCCUGCCGGAGGGCCCCGUCCCCGCCAAGGCCCGUAGCAAGCGCUCCCGCGUCGCACCAGGCAACUGGUCGUCCCGCCUGCUCGUUCUCCCGCCGGCUCCGGCCUCUCCGCCGUCCCCGGCGUCCAUGGCCAUCUCGCCGGCGGAGUCUGGCGUCUCGGCUCAGGCGUUCCACGUCAAGAAGCCUUCCAAGCCGGCCAAGAAGAAGGAGGUGCCGCCGCAGGCUCAGCCAGUGACCGUGAGCUCGCCCACAGCGCCCUCGGGCGUCACGGCGGCCGCCAACGAAGGUCGGCGGUGCCUGCACUGCGAGACGGACAAGACGCCGCAGUGGAGGACGGGGCCCUUGGGCCCCAAGACGCUGUGCAACGCGUGCGGGGUGCGGUACAAGUCGGGCCGGCUGGUGCCGGAGUACCGCCCCGCCGCGAGCCCGACGUUCGUGACGUCGAGGCACUCCAACUCCCACCGCAAGGUGCUGGAGCUCCGCCGGCAGAGGGAGAUGCACCACCAGCCGUCGCAGCACCUGCAGCAGCACGUGGUCCCCGGCGGCGUCGGGAGGAUAAUGCACAUGGAGAGCCACCUGCUGUUCGACGGGCCGGCGGCGCCGCCCAUCAUCGGCGGAGGCGACGACUUCUUGAUCCACCACCGCCUAGGGACGACGGACUACCGGCAGCAGCUCAUCUAGACGAGUCGUCAGUCAGUUAGAACUGAUCAGUUUAGCCCAGGAAUAAUGAAAAAAGCAGCUAAAACCCCAAGAACCGGCCGGAAAUAUCGGAAGAACUGCAAAUGUUUGCUUAGGAGUUAUUUUCCCAGAUUUCUCUCCACCGUUUUGUUAGCCCGUGUGCUUUUUUUUGUUCAGCUCGAAAUUCUCGUGUCCGAUUAGUUUACGAUCCUCCCAAGUUUCCCGCUUGAUGAGUUCACCCCUAAUUACCCCUCAGAAACUAAUCCUAGGGAGUUGAAUUUUUCCAUUUCAUACUACUAGCAUUUUGUAAUACCACAAUACUUUUCAUUU